AUGUUUUCCAUGGAACUGAGUGAAUUUCAUGACAUCGCGCAAACAAUCGUGACGAAUGCAAUUAAAGAAUCAACUGUUGAGGAAAAGGUUAACGAACUUGUUGAUUUUUUACAAUCGAUAAAUUUUAAAGUAAUAAAAAAAUUGGAAGGUUUAGAUAGCAACUUCUAUAUACUGGGAUCAGUAGAAUAUUUGAUUCAAAAUCUUGAAGAUAAUACUAUAGCCCUUCAGAAUCUGAAAUCUUCACCGUAUAUUAAACCAUUUUUAGACAUAGUUCAAAAAUGGGAAAUUACUUUCCGCGAAAUUUCGGAGGUAAUAGAAGCCUGGACAGAAUUUCAGACAAAAUGGUUGUAUUUAAGAGAAAUUUUUUUUGAUAAUGAUAUAAAACUACAACUACCUGAAAAAACUAUCAAAUUUGAGGGAAUUAGUCGUACUUUCAAACAAAUCAUGUUUGAUACUGCUGAAAGACCAAACGUCUACAAAUGUUGUAUGAUUCCUGACCGUAAAAAAAAAUUUGAAAAUUUACUUUUUGAGAUAGAUGAAUGUCUUAAGUCAUUACAUGAAUAUCUUAGUUGUAAACGAAUGAUUUUCCCGAGGUUUAGUUUUUUAUGUGAUGAUGAGUUAUUAAGAAUUUUGGCAGAGAAUGAUACUAUUUUAAUUCAGAAAUAUAUUACAAAAAUGUUUGAUAACAUAGAAAUGUUCAAAUUUCAAGAAGAUGAAGUAAAUAAUGAGACUAAAAUGAUUUGUACUGCUGUCAUUUCUUGCGAAUGUGAAAUUAUGGAACUAAAAAAUCCAGUAAUCAUUAAUACAAAAGUAGAAAUAUGGAUGGCAACAUUACUGGAGGAAAUUAAAAAUUCUAAUCGACAUUUAAUAAAAAAAGCUAUCUAUAUUUACGGCAAGAUGAAAAAACCUCGAAUUGAAUGGUUGUUUCAGUUUCAAGGUGUGGUAAUAUUUGUAGUCAAUCAAAUAUGGCGGACAGUAGAAAUCGAGGAAGUAUUUGAAAAAAUAAAGUUAAACAAUAAACGAGCCAUGAAAGAGAAUAAUGUUAUUAAAAUUGAAGACUUCAAAUGGCAGAGUCAGUUAAGAUUUUAUUGGAUCUAUAAUUUAGAUAACUGUUGGAUUAAUCAAUGUACUGGACGAUUCGAGUAUGGUUAUGAAUACAUGGGCUUAAAUGAAAGACUAGUUGUAACUCCUUUAACAGAUCGUAUUUAUUUGACUAUUACACAAGCUCUGUCAGUACAUUUAGGUACAUCCUUGGCAGGAUAUGCUGGUACAGGAAAAACUGAAACAGUGAAAAAUUUAGCAAAAACAUUAGGAUUAUUAUGCAUUGUAACCAAUUGCAGUGAAGGAAUAGACCAUGUAACUAUUGGGGAAAUUUUCCGAGGAUUAAUACAAUGUGGCGCAUGGGGCUGUUUCGAUGAAUUUGAUCAUAUAGAUGUGUCGGUUCUUUCCAUUAUUUCGUUACAACUACAAACACUUCGUUCAGCACUACAAAGAAAGGCAACGAAAUUCUUGUUCCAAACCCAGGAUAUUGCCUUAGAUCCUAAAUGUGGGUUAUUCAUUACUAUGCAACUCAGUUACGAUAAUCAAACUCAGCUUCCGGAAUCAGUUAAAGGAUUUUUCAGACCGAUAGCUGUCGUCGUACCUGACAGUGAAUUAAUUUGUCAAGUUAAACUGUUCAGCGCUGGAUUCUUAACAGCAAAAAGCCUAGCGAAAAAAAUAACAGUGCUUUAUCACCUCGCGAAAAAUCAAUUAAGUAAACAAAAUCACUAUGAUUUCGGACUGAGAGCUCUUGUUUCAAUUUUAAAUAGAGCCAGAUAUUAUAAAAAAGUAUCAGAAAAUUUAGUAGAAAGUACUAUAUUGUUACGAGCUUUGAAGGACGUGAAUCUUUCUAAAUUCAUUUCUGAUGAUGUUCCGAUUUUUAUUGGACUUCUGAAAAAUCUUUUUUUGGAGUUGGAUAGUUCUAUAACAGAAUAUCCACUAUUUAAUGAAGCUGUAGAGAAUAUUUAUCGACCAUACGAUGUAACUCGAUUUUAUGGAGUUUUGAAUCCACUUAAUCGUGAAUGGACCGAUGGAAUCUUCAGCAAUAUUUUUCGCAAAUUCAAUCAAUCUCUUAAUUUUUCAUUGCUAAAUGAAAAAAGAUUUAUUAUUUUUGACGGGGAUGUUGAUUCAAUAUGGAUAGAAAAUAUGAACUCCGUAAUGGAUGAUAAUAAAAUUUUGACGCUUCCGAAUCAAGAGAGAAUAAAAUUACGAAAUAACUGCAGUUUGAUUUUUGAAGUCGGUCACUUAAAAUAUGCAUCACCAGCCACAGUGUCACGUGUUGGAAUAGUUUACGUCGAUCCUAAUAUUUUAGGGUAUGAGCCAUUUAUAAAGAAAUGGAUUAAAAAUCGACGUGAAUCUGAACAAGAAUUGCUUUUAGUACUGUAUCAAAAAUAUAUUCCUAGAGUACUAGCCCUUAUUAUUGAUGGCAUAUUGGGCUUAGAGCAAGUUGAUCCUUUGCAGAUGAUUAUCCAUCAAAAUGCAUUGAACUUGGUAUCCCAGUUAUGCAAAAUGGUUGAUAGCCUUUAUCCUUCUUGUCAUCAGUAUAAUGAAACAUCAACGAAUGAUAAAGAAUUUCAUGUACAUCAAGCUGAAGAAGAAGAAGAAGAAAAAGAAGCUUUAUUACAUGCCGUAUUUAUCCAAGCAUGUUAUUGUUCAAUGGGCGCUGCUCUUGUUUCAGAAGCUCAAUUCAAAUUUGAUGACUAUAUGAAAGAAAUAUCAGGACUUAUGAUAAUCAAAGAUACUGCGGAAAAGCUAGCUUCAAUAGGUUAUAUUCCUACUGCUUACAAGUUAUUAUACGAAUACGUUUUAGACGUGAAGAAUAAAGUAUGGAGACCUUGGAAAAUGUGUGUUCCUCAAUAUAUUCAUAACAGAAAUCAAGAUUUUCAUGAAAUUUUUGUACCUACCUCUGAUACUCUCCGUACGUUUUGGUUUAUCAGGUUGAUGAAGAGUUUAAAACAGCCUGUUCUGUUAGUGGGAGAAACUGAAACUGCAAAAACUGCAAUGAUUGAAAAUUUUUCAAGAUCUCUUGAUCCGGCUAAAACAAAAUCGACAGAUGUUCAAAGAAGUAUCGAAUCUUAUGUAGAGAAGCGCACGCGAGAUUUAUAUAGCCCACGAUUAGGAAGAACACUGGCAAUCUUCAUUGAUGAUAUGAGCUUACCAAUAGUUGAUUUGUAUGAAACUCAACAGCCUAUUGCAUUUCUUAAGCUUUUUUUGGAUUAUGGUGGGUUUUUAGCAGCAAUGACCGGAGAAAGGCGAAAUAAUGCGGUUGAUCCUCGUUUUAUUUCUUUAUUGGCUGUUUACUACACGGUGCAUCCAGAUAAUACAAGUUUGAAUUACAUCUAUAGUAGCAUAUUAGCUGGACAUUUAGCGAUAUUCAGUGAUGGGAUUCAAGCAAUUACGAAUAUUCUUGUUAAGAUCACUAUUGAGCUAUGUGAGAUUGUUCAAUUCGAAUUACCACCAAUUCCAUGUAAAUUUCAUUAUAAUUUCAACAUGAAAGAUUUCUCGAAAAUAUGCGCAGGACUUCUUCAAAGUAUACCUAGUUAUUUUUUUACGGCUGCACAAUUUGUAAGAUUAUGGAAAAAUGAAAUAACUCGAGUUAUCUGCGACCGGUUAAUUAGUGAGGAGGAUCGAAAUCUUGUGCAAAAUCGAUUGGAGAUGAAAAUAAAAUCAGAAUGGGAAAAGAAUCCUGAUAUAAUUGAAAAUGCUCUCAGAGAUCCAUUGCUUUUUGGUAAUUUCAGAAACGCCCUCAAUGACGAUGGAAUUCAAAAUUAUGAAGAUGUAUUAGAUUACGAGGCUGUUUACAAUCUUUUUAUUGAGAUUCUCGAAUUAUAUAAUAAAAAUAAUGUUAAGCUUGAGAUGAUUCUUUUUAAUGAUGCACUUGAGCAUUUAAUACGUGUUCACCGUAUUUUGAAAAUGCAUCGUGGCCACGUGUUACUUGUUGGAGCAAGUGGAAGUGGUAAACAAUCAGUGAUUAGACUUGCAUCCUUUGCCGCCAAAUGUGAUGUUUUUGAAAUUUUACUUGACUUUACUUAUAAUGAAACUUCUUUUCAAAAAGAUAUAAAAAAACUUCUUAAUUUAGUCGGCAUUGACAACAAUAAAAUUUUGUUUUUAUUCACAUCUGCUCAAAUUGUAGAUGAAAACUUUUUAGAAAUAAUAAAUAACAUAUUAGCCGCAGAGAUUCCUUUUACGUUAUACACGGAAAAUGAAAUUGAUAAAAUUAAUGACAAAUGUAAAGGAAAUGUAACUCAAGAAGGAUAUUGUAUUGACAAAGAAAAUAUUUGGUCCUAUUUCACAAAAACUUGCACUGCAAAUCUCCAUAUUGCAUUGUCGAUGAGCCCAGUAGACGAUCUCUUUAAGAAACAUUGCAGAAACUAUCCUGGUAUUGUUAAAAAUACUACAAUUAAUUGGAUGUUUCAAUGGCCCCAACAAGCUCUUUUUGCAGUUUCUAAUUUUCUAAUGAAAGAU